AUGGAACAUUUCAUCACCCAUUAUGCUGCUCAUUCCGGACAGAGAUACAACAACGUCACAUUCGAAACUACGGAAGAAACGCUCGGAAAAUGCGGGCUGACGUGCAUCAUGGAGAACCCACCAUGUCAUGCCUUCAACUAUCGGAAUUCAGACGGGUCCUGCCAGCUGAUUCUCAACGGGAAGAGUGGCGUUGAGGAAGCCGACGGAUACAGCUCCUACGUUCAGAGUGUGUGUCUGGGAGAGCACCCAUCGAUCCCGAACGCCAAGGUGACCUUCGAGGGCUGGAGCGGAGAAUACCCAGCGCCUGCAGGAGGGAUGGUGAUCCUUCGCUGCGAGCAUCCAAACGGAUUCUCCGACGGUGUUGCGCGCCACACGGCCAGAUGUUCGUCGACGCCGCCGGAUUCGUGGUGCAGCUCCUUCCGGGCUGAUGGAGUUCGCUGCGAGCAGCAGCACACCUAUCCGGAAUGCCUCGUGACGAAGAAAGGAAGUGACUAUGUCGGAACGGUGAAGAACACGGAAUCGGGAGAAAAGUGCCUGCCAUGGGACGAUCUGCCCUACGGGAUACCAGAUGACUUCUCCCCCACCGAAACCUACCAGUCCCAUUUCCCCAACCGCGACGCCUGGUCCCAUAACAACUUCUGCCGGAAUCCUUCGGGGAGGGAGCGACCGUGGUGCUUCGUCUCCGACGCUUUCCUUCCAUGGGAAUACUGCGACAUCCCCAUGUGCACACGCACUGAACCUCAAGAAUGUAAGGUGACUCAACAGGGCGGGGAAUACAUGGGGAAGAAGAACGUAACUCGUUCCGGUUUCCCAUGCCUGCCGUGGGGGAAUUUGCAGCCGAUCCGAGACUUGAAGGACCCCUCGGUCCGAUUCCCGGAUUCUGAGUCGCUUGAUGAGGGGUUCAACUUCUGUCGGAAUCCGAAUGGGGACGCGGCUCCGUGGUGUUUUUAUAUGGAAGGAGUUUCGCUUGCGUGGGAAUACUGCGAUGUUCGAUUUUGCGAGGGGCAAGGUCGAAGCGGGAAGACAGAGGGGGAAAAGGGCGUGUAUCCGGAAUGCCGACUGUCGGAGAAGGGGAAGGAAUACGUGGGGACGAAGAACGAGACCGAGACGGGAGAGCCGUGUCUCCAUUGGGCGACAGAGCCAUAUGGCACGCCGUGGGAUUUCUUCNACGUGGGGACGAAGAACGAGACCGAGACGGGAGAGCCGUGUCUCCAUUGGGCGACAGAGCCAUAUGGCACGCCGUGGGAUUUCUUCAAUCGGGGCGUGGAAUAUGCGCUGCACUUUCUCAAUCUCGACCCGACGGUCCACAAGAAUCACUGCCGGAAUCCGGGGCUGUACAGAGAAAGGCCAUGGUGCUUCGUCUCGGAAACCAACAUCCAGUGGAAGUACUGCGACAUCCCCCUCUGCCAAGACCCCAGUAGGAUCCUUUACCGGAUCACUUCUCUGCCAGUCGGCUUUGCGAAAUCGUAUAUUGAAAUUGCAGAUCCGCCGGAAUGCAAGCUAACGAGGCAGGGAGGAGAAUACGUCGGGAAGCGGAACGCGACCCUCUCGGGGUUCCCCUGCCAGCAUUGGCUCGCUUCCACUCCCAACAAGCAUCUAGCGAUAAAGAAUCAACUUUCUGCUUUCCCGGAUGAAGUGGACGGGAGCCACAACUUCUGUCGCAACCCGGACGGGAUCUUCCACGGGCCGUGGUGCUUCAUCGGCUCGAACACCGAGCUCAUCUGGGAGUACUGCGCAGUGCCCUUUUGUCCCAGAAGCGAUGGGGAAGGUUGUAGCAUUCUUUCUGUCGCAACCCGGACGGGAUCUUCCACGGUCCGUGGUGCUUCAUCGGCUCGAACACCGAGCUCAUCUGGGAGUACUGCGCAGUGCCCUUUUGUCCCAGAAGCGAUGGGGAAGAUUGCGACAUUCGGGUCUCGGGGAAAUGCAUCAGUGAGACUCAUUUACCUCUUCUUGAAGCCCGAGGAAUGUCGAUCCACUUGGUUAGGGGAAUAUUACACGGGAACGAAGAACACGACGAAAUCGGGCUACCCCUGUCAGCCCUCCAACUCGGUACCAUAUGAAUACUCCCGUCUUCUCUCUGCAUUAUCCAGUCUCGAUCGAAGACCCAUCAUGUAUUAG